AUGGAGGAGAACCAUCCAGUGAUGGUUACAGUGUGGAAGAAGGAAGCAGAGAAUGCAGAGGUGGAGGAGCAGGGCUACCUGAGCAUCCUCCAGCAGCGGGUCCCCACGCACACCUUCAGACACGACCUCAACACCUUUAAAGCACAGGUGAGCACCACCCUGACGGUGCUGCCUCCUCCGACCGUGCGCUGUAAGCAGAUGACCGUCUCGGGGAAGCACCUGACCGUGCUGAAGGUGCUCAACGAGUCCUCCCAGGAGGAGGUGAGCGUGAGGGACGUCCGGAUAAUGCCCAACCUCAACUCCUCCUACCUGCCCAUGAUGCCCGACGGCUCGGUCAUGCUGGUGGACAACGUGUGCCACCAGUCAGAAGAGGUAGGCAUGGCCUCCUUCUGCAAGAUGGAGAGCGCCACCUCCAGUUUACCCAGCAUGCUCAGCACUCUGGAGGAACACGACUUCCUGUUUCAGCUGCACCUCAACGACUGUCCACAGGAUGACUCCAAAGAGGGGCUUGAGGUUCCCCUGGUUCUCGCUGUGCUGCAGUGGUCCACGGCCAAGAUGCCUUUCACCAACUGUAUCUACACCCACUACAGGUUACCCAGCCUCCGCCUGGACCGCCCUCGCUUCGUGAUGACGGCCAGCUGCCCGAGCUCCGUCAGGGUGAAGGAGCACUUCAGGGUCAAGUACGUCCUGCUCAACAACCUGCAGGACUUCCUCGCCGUGAGACUGGUCUGGACACCGGACGGCCGGGGUCACUGUGAUGAUGCGGACCUGAGCGCCGUGGUGUGCCACACCCCCCUGAGUAACCUGGGCCACUGCCGCCGGGGCAGCACCCUGUCCUUCACCGUGGCCUUCCAGAUCCUCAAGCCCGGCCUGUACGAGCUGAGUCAGCACAUGAAGCUGAAGCUGCAGUUCACCGCCUCAGUGACCAACCCGCCCCCUGAUGCCCGCCCACUCUCACGGAAGAACAGCCCCUCCAGCCCGGCGGUGAGGGACCUGCUGGACCGCCACCAGGCCAGCCUGGGCCGCUCGCAGUCCUUCUCCCACCAGCAGCCGUCCCGCUCACACAUCAUGAGGACGGGCAGUGCCAUGGAGCGGCGCGCUAUAACCCCUCCUGUGGGCUCCCCCGUGGGGAGACCGCUGUACCUGCCCCCCCCAGACAAGGCGCUGCUCUCCCUGGACAAGAUCGCCAAGAGAGAGUGCAAGGUUCUGGUGCUGGAGCCCAUCUGCUGAGAGACGGACGGGGGGAGGAGGAGAGCGCUAGAGCAGAGAGAGAGAGAGACGGGGAAACAGGAGUUAAACAGGAAGUAGAUUGAGGGACCGAAGGCAAAAUAGCAGAAUACGUAUCAUCAAGUACAAAGUGUACACAAGUAACUGCUAGGUGGGGAAAAUAGACAAAAGGUCAUAUUGAGUUGGUUUAACACAAGAGAACAGGAGAUGACAUCUGGGGAUUCAGCAAAGUGUUGUUGAACAGGUCAGUCCUUAGCUAAAGACUGUUCAAUGGGACAGUCCUUAACUAAAGACAGUUCAACAGGGCAGUCCUUAACUAAAGACUGUUCAACGGGACAGUCCUUAACUAAAGACUGUUUAACAGGACAGUCCUUAACUAAAGACUGUCCAAUAGGACGGUCCUUAACCAAAGACAGUUCAACAGGGCAGUCCUUAACUAAAGACUGUUCAACGGGACAGUCCUUAACUAAAGACUGUUUAACAGGACAGUCCUUAACUAAAGACUGUCCAAUAGGACAGUCCUUAACUUAAGACAAAGGCUGUGUCUCAAUGUUGAGGAGGCUUCCUUUAACCUCAGGAUCUAUAAAUGGAAAGUCUUUGUUAGGGAGCUACUUUGUGAAAGUACUUGAAUGAGGCUGCAGAUUAGCAGCACCUGACAACCCAAAAAAUCACU